AUGUCGGGUAAAGAUAAAGACGCAAUUAUCUCGGAAGCCGAGCAAGCGCUGAGACCAGACGCUAGCUUAACAGAGCCUGAGACUGAAAACAAGAAUUCCUUUGUUGGAAUUCUUCAAGAUACCUUGAAAGGCUUGAAGAGUAAAUUAACGAAUCCUACGUCACAUGUUGAGCGAAAUCAAGAACUUUUGGAAGACGCGUAUGCCUUAAAGACAAAAGUAGAAAAUGACAUGAAAGACUAUGAAAAAAAUCCUGAAAUAACAAAAACUGCACACGUUAGAUUAAGCAAAGAAUUGGCUGAUGAAGAGAAAGUUUUUAUUGCUGCGCGUAAAGCUCGAGCGCGUCAAUCGUUUGCUAAAUUUAUUGGUGUGGAUGUAGAUGAAAUUAAUGAGGCCGACAUUCCAAUCAUCGCUGUUAGUGGCAGUGGUGGUGGAAUGAGAGCAAAUGUGGAUACUAUGGGAUACGUACGUGGCAUGGAUAAAUGUGGGCUAUGGGAUAGCGUGACAUAUUUCACAGGUGUAUCUGGUGCAUGCUGGGCGCUUGCAACUUAUUAUACGGUUGCGGAAGGAUCAGUAGAUGCUACGAUCGAACAUUUCAAAGAGGCAUAUGUCAUUAAACCUUCAAGCCCAAAAUUCUUUCAUCUACUUUUCUCGUUAGAGAAUGGAAUUGAUUUAAGUUUUGGGGCAAUUGAAGAAAAGCGUCUAUGUAAAUUAAUCACAAAUAGUACCGAUAUGUAUGGUGCAGUUCUUGGCGGGUAUUUCUUCAGAAAGGGUAAUGCAUUGGAUCCGAGAUACUUUAAACUCUCUCAACAAGCCAGAUUAUUAGAAGAUGCCGCAAAUCCACUACCCAUCUACACGACAAUUCGGCAUGAACGUCCAUGGAAAGAUCGAAGCGAAGCUGUAGAGGGUGAACCAUGUGAUGAGGAGUUUCAAGUCCUUUCACUUCCUGAUGAUAAAGAUCAUGACAAGAAAAAAUCAUGGUAUCAGUGGAUCGAAUUCACUCCUUACGAGAUUGGAAAUGAUAAUAUUAACGCUUGGAUACCAAGUUGGGCUUUUGGGCGUUAUUUCGAAAAAGGAGUUAGUACUAAUAAUAUCCCAGAGCGUAAUUUUGCACUAGAAUUGGGCUAUAUGACAUGUGCCCAAUGUGCACCAAUCGCGCGUUAUGUACAUAUUGCUGAUAGGGAAUUGCCAAAUAAUUGGUUAGGUAAAGAGUUGAGAUCUUUUUCCUCAAAGGUUGGAAAAAUAUUGGGUGAUCACGGAAUUGACAAAUUUGAAAGUCAUCAUCCUAUUCAUCCGGCUCAUGAACCUAAUCCAUUUUUGCUUGCUCGUGAUAAUCCUGAACAUGGAAUUGACACUUGCCAACAACUUCACAUACUUGACUCUGGGAUGGAUAACAAUCAUCCAUGGUAUGUGUUAACUCGUCCAGGACGAGAGGUUGAUAUUAUUAUCUCUGUUGAUGGUAGUAAGGAAACUAUGGAGAAAACAUUUUUCGAUCGUAUGGCCACACAAUUCUCUACUCGACGUGGACUUCUUUGGACCCCGGUUGAUCCUUCAGAGAAGAUUUCAAUUCCCGAGAAGCUCACUGACGAUAUGCGAGGUCAACCCGAAUUAAUUGAAAAAACAUUCGCACCUGCUUACGCUCAAAUUUUCGACGGAAAACCAAUUAACGAUGCUGGAAAAGAAUUGUUAGGCGACCGUGAAUUAACAUUAAUUUACAUGCCAAAUUUACCUCAUAAGAAAUAUCCCAACUUUGAUCCACUUCAUGAAAAAGUCGUAGGUACAUCCAAUUUUGUCUUUCAACCCGAAGAUAUAGAUAAUAUUGUAGGUGUUGGUGAAGCAUGUUGGGAUGAUAGUUUGGAAAAGGUUCGCACAGUUAUCAAGAGUGUUUGGGAAAAGAAGAGAAAUAAAAGAUUGUCUUCCGGAAAUCUCUAG